GGUUCUGUUAUUUGACCAAUGGGAGAUGGGGAGGGUGUUAGUUCCGGCCAAUGAGAGUGUGAAGUGGCUCGGAGUAGGUUUGCGAUGGCCGUCUGAGUAUUUCGCGGAGGAGUUCCAGGCAAAAGCAGCUGAAAUCCAGGGUUUCUGUUACCCUUGGGUGAGUGAUGGGUGAGAUUGAGGGCUCCUACCGUCCCCUGCAGACCCCAGGAACACGACUUGGGGUCAAUGCCAAUGUGGCGGUCAGAACCCUGGAGCCUGGCCAAAGUCUGUCAACUGCUUUGGCCAACUCUGCCAGGGACCCAAGCUCCGGGAAUGGGCUACAGAUCAGAGUGGAGGCACUGGAUGAAACUCAGGAGGUCUAUGAAAUGGAGUCCAAGUCCGAUGGCCAGGAGUUGAUGACAAAGGUGUUUCGACGGUUCAAUCUGAUUGAAAAUGAUUACUUUGGCCUGGAAUUCCAAAACAUGCAGAUGAACUGGAUGUGGCUGGAACCAAUAAAACCCAUUCUAAAACAAGUGCGAAGGCCCAAGAACACACUCUUUAGGCUUUCAGUGAAGUUUUUCCCACCUGAUCCUGGCCAGCUUCAUGAGGAGUACACCAGGUACCUGUUUGCCCUGCAGAUGAAGAGAGAUCUGCUGGAUGGCAAAUUGAGCUGCAGUGAGAACACGGCUGCCCUCCUUGCCUCCCAUCUGCUGCAGUCCGAGAUUGGAGAUUUUGACGAAGCUGCAGACAGACAGCACCUAAAACGGAACAAACUGCUGCCAAACCAGGAGAGGCUGCAGGAGAAGAUCAUGGAAUUCCACCGGAGACACCUGGGCCAGACACCAGCCGAGUCAGAUUUCCAGGUGCUAGAGAUAUCGCGCAAGCUUGAAAUGUACGGAAUCCGCUUUCAUUGUGCUGCAGACCGCGAAGGAACCAAAAUUAACCUGGCAGUUUCCCAUAUGGGUCUCCAGGUCUUCCAGGGAAACACCAAGAUAAACACAUUCAACUGGUCCAAGAUUCGUAAGCUGAGCUUCAAGAGGAAGAGGUUUCUGAUUAAGCUUCACCCGGAGGUCCAUGGACCUCACCAGGACACUCUAGAAUUCCUCAUGACUAGUCGCGAUCAGUGCAAGGUGUUCUGGAAAAACUGUGUUGAGUAUCACACCUUCUUCCGCCUGCUGGACCAGCCCGAACCCAAGUCAAAACCCAUCCUCUUCAGCAGAGGCUCCUCCUUCAGAUACAGCGGGAGAACACAGAAGCAGCUGGUGGACUAUGUGAGAGACAGUGGAGCUCGAAGAACACCAUAUCAGAGGAGACACAGCAGAGCUCAGAUCUCUACUCGCACUUUGUGUGCAGACUUGCCAAAACAGAGUCUGUCGUUCAACGAGUGUCUGAAGGUCCCAGGUUCCCCAUCUUCCGCCACUAUCUCCUUCCACUCCCUGCAUGCCUCCAGCACACCACCCUGCCCUGAGCCAGAGCCUGACCAGCCACCCACCCCCCUACAAGAGGACCCUGGGAAGGGCACUCCCCAGCCCCUGCAUUCCUUCCAAGGGAUAUCGAUGGACAACCCUCCGCUCUCUCCCUUUGCCCUGAAGAGCCAUUUGACCCUGUCUCCCUCAUUCCAGAUGUCAACGCUCAGCCUGCCGGGCCAGGCACCCUCACCCCUGCAGAGCCCCAUCCUGAGCGAGAUGGGCACUGCCAGGCUGGAUGAGGAGGAGGAGGAGGGCAGGAAGAAGAGGUAUCCAGCAGACAAAGCCUAUUUCAUUGCCAAAGAGAUUCUGACAACGGAGAGAACUUACCUGAAGGAUUUGGAGGUUAUCACAGUGUGGUUCCGCAGUGCAGUGAUAAGGGAAAACGCCAUGCCUGAAGGCCUGAUGAUCUUGCUGUUCUCCAACAUUGACCCCAUUUAUGAGUGUCAUCGUGGAUUCUUGAAAGAGGUUGACCAGAGGCUGGCACUCUGGGAGGGACGCUCCAAUGCUCAUGUGAAGGGGGAUUACCAGAGGAUUGGUGAUGUGAUGCUGAGGAACAUCUGCUCUCUCAAGGAGUUCACCAGCUAUCUGCAGAAGCACGAUGAGGUGCUGACUGAGCUGGAGAAGGCCACCAAGCGACUGAAGAAGCUGGAGACUGUGUACAAAGAGUUUGAGCUGCAGAAGGUCUGCUACCUGCCCCUCAACACCUUCCUGCUGAAGCCCAUCCAGAGACUCAUGCACUACAAGCUCAUCCUGGAGAGACUGUGCAAGCACUACACUCCCGACCACCAGGACUACAGCGACUGCAAAGAUGCCCUGAAGGAAGUGGCAGAGAUGGCUGCCCAGCUGCAGAGCAGUCUGAUCCGGCUGGAGAAUUUCCAGAAGCUCACAGAGCUACAGAGAGACCUGAUUGGGAUCGAGAGCCUCACCGCCUCUGGCAGGGAGUUUAUCCGGGAGGGCUGUCUUUUCAAACUGACAAAAAAGGGGCUGCAGCAGAGAAUGUUCUUCCUGUUUUCAGACAUGCUCCUGUACACGAGUAAAGGCGUCACGGCCACCAACCAGUUUAAAGUGCAUGGGCAGCUCCCUCUACAUGGCAUGAUCAUUGAGGAGAAUGAGAACGAGUUGUCUGUCCCUCACUGUUUUACCAUCUACUCUGCCCAGAGGACAAUCGUUGUAUCUGCAAGCUCCAAGGUGGAGAUGCGGAAGUGGAUUGAAGACCUGAACAUGGCAGUCGAGGUGGCAAAGAUGUCCCAAGAGAAGUCUGAUUUGUUUCUGGACACCAGUGUCUGCGAUCGAUCCAACAGGUCCUCUGAUGAGGUGUCUUUGGAGCAAGAGUCUGAAGAUGACACUCACUCCUCCUACAGCUCCUUGGACAAGCAGACGCACCACCGCGCCAACACCACCAUGCACGUGUGCUGGCACCGCAACACCAGUGUGUCCAUGUCUGACCACAGCCUGGCCGUGGAGAACCAGCUCUCCGGAUACCUGCUGAGAAAGUUUAAAAACAGCAACGGCUGGCAGAAACUUUGGGUCGUCUUCACCAACUUCUGUCUCUUCUUCUACAAAACGCACCAGGAUGACUUCCCAUUGGCAAGUCUCCCAUUGCUAGGUUACAUAGUCGGCACCGCAGCUGAGGCAGACAGCAUUCACAAAGAAUACGUCUUCAAACUGCAGUUCAAAUCGCACGUGUACUACUUCAGAGCUGAGAGUGAAUACACCUUUGAAAGGUGGAUGGAGGUGAUUAAGAGUGCUGCCAGCGCCACUGGGAGAAUGAGCCUUCUGAUCCCAAAGGAAUCCAAGGAAAUGAACGGGAGCUGAGCCGCUAUCAGUGCUGGGGCUGUGUGGACUGGACAGGGCCUGCAGAGUCUCUGGGCGGGGCCUUUCAGACUGGGGCAGGCUUCUCUUCUUGGGCAUUAAAAACACUAUCUGCUGUACACAGCCCUACACUAGUGAUUGGGUAGAAACUCUAUGGGCUGUGGCACACCCGGUGCAAAAGAUUGCUACCAUUUGAACCUGUUAACAGGUGUGAUUCAGAAAUGUCUACCCCCACUAGGACCUGGGAGAUCAGCUCACUUUAUUGUAGCACGCUUUUAUAACCCAGCCUAAUUACUGUAGCUAGCAAGUCACCAAACCCUGACCAGGGGAGUAGAGCAAUUGGGACACCACUAGGUGUGGGUGAUGCUGCCUGCAAGACAAUCUUAAAACAAUAAAUACAUACAAAUUAACCUGAAGAAUAAAACGUAAAAGGUUGUGAAGGUAACAGUAAGUGGGGUUGGGGGGGGGGGGGGAGAAGGUAAGAGAAGGAUUAUGGAAGGAAAGUGAACUCAUUGGUAAUGCAUCUGUUUUGUAUAGCUUUCCAGCCACAGCUAGAAAAUCUAAAUAAAUCCUGGCUGGACUACAUCACUAAAAUUCUACAUGAAGUUCACUCAAAUGGAGCGAGUCAUAAAAGGGAUUGGCAUGUCUGAAUUUCAGUAGGUUGUUGCUACCCUGAAAGAAAUGCCAUAGACUUUGGAUAAGGAGGAAUAUACAAGACUGAAGACAUGUUGUCCUGUGUUCUUGCCAAUUUUGAAAAUGUGUGAUCUGUUUGAACCAGGUGCUAGAACUAAUUUCUCAGCUGGAUUGCAGCUGUACACAAGUUGGUGGGAACAGGUUCCCUUAGGGAGGAACUGGCCAUUACAGGCAAGCAAUUUUAACUGGGAAAUAUGCAGAAUUGAAGAAGCACAACACCCUUACAUUGUAAUUCUUACACAGAUUUACCUACAGAAAAGUGUUAAGCAUGCCGUGGCUUUUAUAUAAAAGGCCAGUUUUUUAUUUUUUAUUUGAUGUAGUUUAAAAUGAUGUGUGUUCAGGAUAGUCAUUUUAACAUGUGAUUCUUGGUAGCACUGAUUCAGUUUAGUACGAAGAAGCUGCUCAGAAUUUCACUUAGUUUUUGUUUUUUUUUUUGGGGGGGGGGGGGGGAGUUAAAAUUUAAAUUGUAAUUAACAUUAAAUAGACUGAGUCGCAUAAAUGUUAGAGCUAGUGUGCCAUGUAAAGUUCACCAUAUGGCAUGUUCCCCCACUUCAAGGUGUGUGUUUUUGGCUACUAAAAAUGGUACAGCUUCAAUAAGCAGUGAAGUAUCCCUGCUGUUUGUUUGUCCAUUUCUGUGACACCUUUGAGUUUUGAAUAUCAUCAUGGUUGUACUUGUUAACAUACCUUGGUUACCAAUGGGCAUCUUCAUAAAGAAUGAUGGUUACAGGUUACUUUUAUUCAUAUUUGUUGGGCUUUAUGGUCAGUAGUGAAGGAUUUGAUCUUUAACUUUUUACAGUUUUAAAUUUGAGUGCCCUAUCAAGUAUGAAGUGGAACCAUUACCUCAUAGGUUAAUGGUUACAUUUCUAUUUCAGGGAACUAGGGUUAUGAUAAUGUUUUCUUGUAUAAAAGAGGGCACUAUUGCAAGCAGUCCUCAUUUCAAAAUCCUUGUCUUUUGAGAUUUGGUUAUUUAUCCUUUUUUUGUGGUUUUAGUCGGUUUGCCACUUUGCAAUUCUGUGGGGUGCAUAUUUAUCACUAAAAGCUGCAAAAUACUGUGUUUGUACUGGAAUAGCCCAUUAUUAUUAUUAUUAUUAUUAUUAUUUAUUUCUUAGCAGACGCCCUUAUCCAGGGCGACUUACAAUUGUUACAAGAUAUCACAUUAUUUUUUACAUACAAUUACCCAUUUAUACAGUUGGGGUUUUACUGGAGCAAUCUAGGUAAAGUACCUUGCUCAAGGGUACAACAGCAGUGUGCCCCACUGGGGAUUGAACCCACAACCCUCCGGUCAAGAGUCCAAAGCCCUAACCACUACUCCACACUGCUGCCCCUUUUUAUUACCUGUUGGGAUGUUUUUCCAAUGCAGCACUGCAGUCUUUUAUAAUUGUAGUUUAUUUGAAGAUGUAAAAUCCUCAAUGUGUUUGUAAUUUGUGUGAACUGGUGCCUGUUAAACACAGUUUUUCACAUCCCUUCAAGAAGAUUUUUUGGGGGGGGGUGUUUUAGGAGUGGGACAUUCACUGUCACGUUCAAAUAAUACCGUAUAAUUCACACUUCCAGGGAGCUGUUUUAAAGUACUUUAGUAUUACUUAAAAUAUCAAGUGCAGCUAAUAAACAUUUCAGCAAAAGUUUAUUUUAUUACUGUUUUUAAAGAUACAAUUGAAACCUUCAAAGAGACUAAUACAGUACCACUAACCAGGUGCAGUAUCACUAAGAGGACUGGAAUCCUUAGCUCCUUUCUCAAUCUGGGUAGCUGUGCAUUUUCCAGCUGAAACACAAUUCCAUGUUGUUUUGCUACUGAACUGGGCUGUUUUGUAAAUCGGGUUGUGUGGCUCUGCAUUGACCUCCUACACUCUCCCUGAAUUAGUUUAUCUGGAUACUUUGUUGUUUGAGAGAAAUGUUAACCAGGUUUUAAACAGCCCCCUCCAUUACAACUUUAAUAACUAUUUCUAUUUAUUGCAUAGCAUGUUGGAAUAGCUUUUCUGUAACUGAAACUAUUGUAGCUGUAUGUAGGGUUAUAUAUUUGUACCAUGUAAUUACAGAAAAAUGAUAAAUUAAAAGUAACUGAUUUUAAAAAGUAA